GCCAUGCUGCCGCCUCCCCGCCCUCCCUCCUUCCCGGAAGCGUCGCCAUGGCGACGCGGCGGCGGCGGCGGGAGCGGCGCUGGGAGCGGAACCGGAGCUGGAGGGGUCCCACCGCUGUGAGCUGUGCGGGGCGGCGGCGGCCCGGGUCCGCUGCGGCCGCUGCCGCCUCGCCUACUCCUGAUCAUCAAAGAGCUGACUGGGUGAGCAUCCAUGAGCAGAUCUGCCAGCUGCUGAUCCCAAUCCAUCCCUCCCUCCCUCCUCUCCUGUCUGAAAAGGAAAGAAACCAUGGCAUGGAGCAGCUGCUGAGGAGGCAGAAAUCCAUCGCAGAGCUGGCGUUCAGCACAGCCCAGAGCUUUGUUUCAGGUGGGCAGCAUGCACAAGCCAUCCCUGCAGCUCUGCAGGCCCUGCGUUUCGCUACCCAAGCCUACGGCUCUGCUUCGGUGCAGCUGGUCCCAGCUUAUCUCCUCCUGGCUGAGGCCUCCACUGGUGUUGGCCAUCUCCUGCAGGCAUCCAAGUAUCUCUCCCAAGCCCAGUGGAUUGUCCUCUCAACCCCAGGCUGCAGUGCUGCUCUUCAGGGGAAGUUACACCGGAGGCUGGGGCUUUUAUGUGCAGCUGAAGGCAACUUUGAAGAGGCUUUGUACCACCUGGCAACUGAUAUUUACCUCACCAGCUCUACAUUUGGACUAAAAUCCAUCGAGGCUUCUGGAGGGUAUUUCCACAUGGCCAAUGUUUUCUGUCACCAGAACAAAAUGGAUGUAGCACACUCCCUCUAUGCUGAGGUAACCAGCAUCUGGCAUUCUUUUCUGCUGAAGUCAGUUCAAGCUCAGGAGCAAAUGCUGGAGUCACAACCGGAAAUGUCUCCAUUCACUGAGGACAAGGAAGUCUGUGAAGGGCUUGUGACUGAUGCCCAGCAAGCAGAAGCCACCCAAGUCCUGAACACAGUGUUAGAUGUCAGAGAAAAGGCCCCAAAGCAACAACCUGGGGAAACUACCAAGGUUCUGCAUGCUCUUGCAAUGCUUUAUUACCUGGCCAUGGAUCUAGCCAAGAGUGGAUCCUCCAGGCUUGGCCCGUGUCAGGGAUGGAGCAGCACAGCCCCUGCCUGUCACAGGCUGCAUUUGGACAUUGCUCAGGUGUGACUGAGCUGUGCUUGAGCCCACCUCCCUGGAACUGCCAGGAUGUGAUUGGAGCUUCACUCCAUGGACCCUGCCAUUCACUUUUGGAUUUCCUCCCCUGUGUUUUGAUGGAGAACACCUUCAGGUGUGAUUGCCAGCCUGAGAGUGCCCAGUUCUCUGCCUUCAUCAUUGAUUUGGAGGAAGUGCUGAGCAGAAAGCAGAGCUCUUGGUUUAGGCAAAAGGGCUUGAAGAGCCCAAACUGCUUCUUCCUGUUUUGAAGGUGAAAAUACAGAUCCCUGUGUCCUCAUUGGGUCACACAAAGGCCUAGUGAUGUGAGUCAGGGUUUGAAAGACAGGAAGAAACAAAUCCAAGCUAGCAAAAAGGGCAAAGCUUCAGAACUGUGAGAAUGGCUGAUCCCUGGCAAAGCUGCCUAGGGAGGGGGUUAGUUCAGACUGAGGAGUCCUGAAAUGGCUUUGGGAACGUUCAGAGGAGCUGCUGGGUGAGCCAGGAGGGGGCUGAGGGCAGUAAUCACUUCUGUCUGCACUGCUGGGUCCCAACUGUGCUGCCAGCUCUGCUCUGCUGUAAAGCUGCUUGUCCAGGUCACCCUGGGAAGCAGGAGGCUGCCUGGCUCUGCCCCAGUGCCACAGUUCCUGGGAGCCUCUGUGGGUAUUGUCACUAACCCCUUGAGGAAAGCCACAGUCCUGCCAAUCCCUGGGGGGUGGGAUGUGUUUGUU